AUGUCUAACCCGUGUAUGAGUUCGUUACGGCGACAUGUCCCGCUGACUUGUCUGCAUCGAGGGCGAGUGGUGCGAGUACUCAGCCGACCGCUAGUUUCGACCUGCCAGUUGCGCGCUUUUGACAGAGGAACUGGGGGCGCUGACGGCGGAAAUGAUGGUAACAAUCACAAGUGCCCCGAUUGCGGAGCGCCCAUGGUCUCCAUCUCCAAGUUACAAAUUGGCGCGCGCUUUUUCGAAUGCAAAGUUUGCAAGAUGUACUACAAAUCUGAAACGCGACUGUACCAGCCGAACAGCCAGCCGCAGGAAACGAGCGAGGCAGGCCUAACAGAAGGAAAAACGUUUCAAGAAAUUCCGACGCCGAAAGAAUUCCACCAGUACUUGGACAGAUUCGUGAUCGGACAAGAGCCGGCGAAAAUGGAGCUCUCCACCGCUGUUCAUUAUCACUACAAGAGGAUACAGAACAACUUACAGUACAAGGCUAAUCAGGAGAAUAAGACCCAAGCGGCGGAGGGCGAAAUCGCGAGUGUUCUCAUUGACAAGUCUAAUAUUUUAAUCAUGGGCCCAACUGGCUCUGGAAAAACACAUCUAGUCCAGACGCUUGCAAAAUAUCUAGACGUCCCCUACGCCGUCGCCGACUGCACAGCCCUAACCCAAGCAGGCUACGUCGGCGAAGACAUCGAAUCGGUCAUUCAAAAGCUUUUGCAAAACGCUGGAGGAAAUGUAGAAAAGGCCCAGCGUGGUAUCGUUUACUUGGACGAGAUCGAUAAAAUUGCAGCAAGAAAGCUAUCCGGCGGUAACUUCCGCGAUGUUUCUGGCGAGGGUGUUCAGCAAGGACUGCUCAAAUUGCUGGAAGGGUCGGUUGUUUCUGUCAAAGAUCCGUUUAAAAAACCUGCAGCAGGAAAUAUUCAAGUGGACACUUCUGAUAUUCUCUUCAUCUGUUCGGGUGCGUUCACUGGACUGCCGAAGCUCAUUCAAAGCCGUUUGCAAAAGAAGUCUCUUGGUUUCACGACGAAGCCUCAAAAAGUCUCUCUCAGUAAAAAGUCCAAAAUCGCUGCGAUGGAGGAGCGCCACAAGGAAGAAGACGCAUGCAUGCUUAGGAUAGAGCCUGACGAUCUGCACAAGUUUGGUCUCAUCCCCGAGUUUGUCGGUCGCCUUCAAGUUCUUUGCCCGAUCAUGAACCUGACACAGGCGGACUUCGUCAGAAUCCUCAACGAGCCGGACAACGCGAUCGUGAAGCAGUACCGCUCGCUGCUCGCCCCUGUCGAGCUGGAGAUCACGGAUGAGGCGUUCGAGCGCAUCGCCCAAAUCGCCAUCGAACGCGGCACUGGUGCGCGAGGCCUCAACUCUUCGAUGCACAAUCUUCUCAAAACUGUAAAAUAUGAAAUUCCUGGCUCUGACAUUACCUCUGUUUAUAUUGACGCCGAUGUCGUUGAUAAAAAGAAAGAACCCGUGCUGACAAGAAGGGAACCUGAAGUCGAGGAGGAGCAAGCAGCGUCAGCCUGA